CCGAUAUUAACCCGCGAGAGAAUUUCUCGCACCAGUCCCCUUACUACACGUGUAAUACUUUGGCAUUUCUUUCAGGCAGCCAUCAACUCGUGAUUAAAACCCGAAGUGGACGGGAAAUAAGGUAAAAAUGGCCAGCAGACCAUUAGUUUCAGUAUUUAACGAUCAAGGUGAAAAGGCAGAAUCUUCGGAGCAAAUUCCUUUGCCAGCCGUUUUCUGUUCUCCAAUCCGGCACGAUGUUGUGAACUUUGUCCAUGCCAAUGUUGCCAAAAAUAAGAGACAACCAUAUGCAGUGAGCCGACUUGCUGGUCACCAGACCUCUGCUGAGUCAUGGGGAACUGGUCGUGCUGUUGCUCGUAUUCCCCGUGUCCGUGGUGGUGGUACCCACAGAUCUGGCCAGGGAGCUUUUGGAAAUAUGUGCCGUGGUGGACGAAUGUUUGCACCCACGAGAAUCUGGCGUCGCUGGCAUCGUCACAUCAACAAGAACCAGCGUAGGUAUGCUACGGUCUCGGGAAUUGCUGCCACUGCUCUUCCAGCUUUGGUUAUGGCCCGUGGACAUAAAAUUGAAAAAAUACCAGAAGUACCACUCGUUGUUUCAAAUGGAGUCGAGAGCUUGACAAAGACAAAAGCAGCUGUGGCUCUUUUGAAGAAACUUGAUGCAUAUGAUGAUGUGCAGAAAUGCAUCGACUCUAAGAAAAUCCGGGCUGGAAAGGGAAAAAUGAGGAACCGUCGUUAUACUAUGCGCAGGGGGCCCUUGGUCAUCUACAACGAAGAUCAUGGAAUUCGCCAGGCUUUCAGAAAUCUUCCAGGAGUUGAACUUCUCAAAGUUGACAGAAUGAAUCUCUUGCAACUCUGUCCUGGUGGCCAUCUUGGAAGGUUCUGUAUUUGGACCAAAGGCGCUUUUGAGAAACUUGACUCGCUCUAUGGAACAUGGCGAAAGAAGUCAUCUGAAAAAUCUAACUACAAUCUCCCUCGCCCAAUUAUGACUAAUCCAGAUCUCAACCGCCUAAUAAACUCAGAUGAAAUCCAAAAGGCAUUACAACCAAGAAAAGCAAGACCACACCGUGCAAUGAGAAAGAAGAACCCACUGAAGAACGUUGGUGUUAUGUUGCGAUUGAAUCCAUAUGCCAAAACGAUGAAGCGCCAUGCAAUUAUCAAUGCAGAGCGACGAAGUGCUGCCAAGAAGGCAGUUCUUGACCAAAAGAGAGGUAUCCAACAACAGAAGAAGGCAUGAACCAUCAGCUGUAGUUGAGUUGCCGUAAAUUUAGAAAAUAAAUGAACCUUAAA